AGCCAGAAUCGCCUCGGGUCAGGUCGCAAAGAUGGCGUCUUCUGCCUCCGCUCGGCCUGAGGCGGGGAAACGAGUGGUUAAUCAGGACGAACUGCGGCGGUUGAUGAAGGAGAAGCAGCGUCUGAGCACCAACCGUAAACGGAUAGAAUCUCCAUUCGCGAAGUACAACCGCUUGGGGCAGCUGAGUUGUGCCCUGUGUAACACCCCGGUUAAGAGCGAGCUCCUGUGGCAGACUCACGUCCUGGGAAAGCAGCACCGAGAGAAAGUGGCCGAGCUGAAAGGCGCGAAGGAAGCCACCCAGGGACCGUCCGCCAGCGCAGUGCCUCAGUCCGCCAGCACAGUGCCUCAGUCCGCCAAGAGGAAGGCGCCGGACGCAGAGAGCCAAGACGCCAAAAGAGCGAAGGCCUCCCUGGUGUCUCAAGUACAGCCCUCCACUUCCGCUUUGCCCACCAACUUUGACAAAACCGGAAAGGAGUCCACUAGGGCGACCCUCAGUAAGGCUUCGGGACUCGGUUUACUCCCUGAUUAUGAAGAUGAGGAAGAGGAGGAGGAGAAAGAGGAGGGAGGAGGAGGAGAAGGGAAAAGAGGGGAUGUCUGUAAGCAUCCGGCCAACGCACAGGGCAAGGAACACUCACUUUCCUCCGCGCGGGAGGCAACCGGUAGUAGGCUGCCAAGCGAUUUCUCGGACACAAAUCCUCCCAAGGCCCCUUUAAUUCCUCAUUCAGGGUCAAUUGAGAAAGCAGAAAUACAUGAAAAAGUGGUGGAAAGGAGAGAAAACACCGCGGAAGCAUUACCGGAAGGGUUUUUUGAUGACCCUGAGAUAGAUGCGAGGGUACGAAAGGUUGAUGCCCCAAAGGAUCAGAUGGACAAAGAAUGGGACGAAUUUCAAAAAGCCAUGAGACAGGUCAACACUAUUUCCGAAGCCAUAGUUGCCGAAGAGGAUGAGGAGGGACGCUUGGACCGGCAGAUUGGGGAGAUCGAUGAGCAGAUAGAGUGUUACCGUCGGGUGGAAAAGCUGCGGAAUCGCCAGGAUGAGAUAAAAAAUAAGCUUAAAGAGGUUCUGACCAUAAAAGAACUGCAGAAAAAGGAAGAGGAGAAUGUUGACAGCGAUGAUGAGGUAGAACUACAGGAUUUGUUGUCCCAGGAUUGGAGGGUGAAAGGGACUUUGUUAUAGGGUUUCAAAGACCCAAGAGUUCUACAUCCUCUACGACUGUAUAAAAAGUUCCACCUCUCAAUACGAUAUCGUUUACUCCAUGCCUAGAGAUUUGGUAACUUGACUGGGUUGUCGAGAUACAAUGAGCCUGUGAAGAUACCGCUUUGGAAAAUUGGUGUAAAAUAUUUUUGAGGUAAAGGUGUUUUUGAAGUUUUCGAAGUAUUACACUCAAAUGCCCACUUUUUCACACACUUAUAGAUCCAAAGUUUGGGUUGUAAAAGCUGUAAGCUGUAAAUAUUGUACAUAUUAAAUAUAUAUUUACUUAAAAAUUAUGUUUUGAAAGUUAUAAGUUAAUAGAAGUCAGACCAACAGACAAACUUUUAGAUGAAAACCAAGUGUGGCACUUAGAAUGUAUAUGGCUUUUUCUUUUCUGACUCCUAAAUCAAACUCAAGAGGGUUGUCGCCGGGAGGGGGGUUGUUUUGUUGUUGUUUUUAAGAACACUACUCAUAUAAGUCAUUCAGGGCUAAUCAGAUCUCUGUUUCAAAACCGUGUUCCAGGAGAGUAUGGUGAAAAAUAUAUGCCAAGUAUGACCAACCUCCUUAAUCCAAAGUUUCUCUUGAUUAAACCAGUGAUUCUCGGAGGUAGGUGCA